AUGACUGAAAAACUAAAGGAUUGCUUGGGAGAAAUGGUAACAAUCAAAACAGAACCAUGUUCUCCGUGCCAGGAAGAAGAAUAUGGACAAUUUGGCUCUCAAAAGCUUGACUCUCACUCUGUGGAUGUGGAGCCUAAAAAGCUAAAAGGAAAACAGGAGUUGGUCAUGUCCAAAAGUUUUCAGCAGGUAGAUUUCUGGUUUUGUGAGUCGUGCCAGGAGUACUUUGUAGAUGAAUGUCCAAAUCAUGGCCCACCAAUGUUUGUGUCUGAUGCUCCAGUACCCAUUGGCAUCCCUGAACGAGCUGUGCUCACGAUCCCUCCUGGCAUGGAAGUGAUCAAAGAGCCAAAUGGGGAGCGAGAUGUCCGCUGCGUGAGUGACGUUAUUCCCAAAGGUCGCAUCUUUGGACCAUAUGAAGGGAAGCUGUCUAGUCAGGACAAGUCAGCAGGAUUUUUCUCUUGGCUGAUUGUUGAUAAGAACAACCACUAUAAAUCCAUAGAUGGAACAGAUGAGACUACCUCAAACUGGAUGAGGUAUGUGGCCAUAUCUCGAGAGGAGAGAGAGCAGAACCUAAUGGCAUUUCAGCACAGUGAGAGGAUUUAUUUUCGGACUUGUCGGGACAUCCGGCCAGGGGAAAAACUGAGGGUCUGGUAUAGUGAAGAUUACAUGAAGCGGCUGCACAGUAUGUCUCAGGAGACCAUCAACCGAAACCUCACAAGAGGGGACAGAAGAUUACUAAGAGAAAAGACAGAAAGAACUAUGGGAAGCCAAGAAGAUGUGAUCUAUCCCCUUGAGCUCACUAUAUCAAAACCAGGGAAGAGUCCCUACAAACGUAGCUUUGAAGAAGGGAUACCUCAACCCCAAACCAAGAAAAAGAAAAUAGACCUCAUCUUCAAAGAUGUCCUAGAGGCUUCUCUGGAGUCAACUAAGGUAGAAGAUCGUAAGUUCACCAAAAAUUCUACCCCUUCCACUCGAAAAUCCUUGAGAUUCCAAGUUCAAGAUGUCUCAGAAACUUGUGGGACUAGUGUUCAAGACAGUUCUCCUAAUCACAGUAGACACAGAAAUGAGGGUGAGUGGAAGGUCCCUCACGGUUCUCCCUUUACCAUGUCCAAAGAAAUUGGCUUGCUGGAAGAGGAAGGUGAAGAACCUUUGUCGUUUAAAGUGAACAGUCUCACUGAUCUGUCUCUGGUAUCAAGUCAAGAUGAUGCUCUCGAAAUCCCAACAACUUCCUUGUGUCCCAACUGCAUACGGCUGAAAAAAAAGAUUCGGGAAUUGCAGGCUGAGCUAAAUCUGCUAAGAUCUGGCAAGUUAGCUGAGCCAUCUCUACUACCUCCUCAGGUACCUGAGUAUCAAGCAUUUUCAUAUCCCACUGCUUCAGAAAGCAUCAUGUCUGUUCCUACCAUAAUGGAAGAUGAUGAUCAGGAAGUAGAUUCAGCAGAUGAAUCUGUUUCCAAUGACAUAAUAACAGCCACAGAUGAGCCCUCCAAAAUGUCUGCUGUCACCAGAAGGAUUCGGCGCUUCAAGCAAGAGUGGCUAAAAAAAUUUUGGUUUCUGCGGUACUCUCCGACGUUGAAUGAAAUGUGGUGUCAUGUCUGUCGGCAGUACACAGUACAGUCUUCUCGAACUUCAGCCUUCAUCAUUGGCUCAAAGCAAUUCAAGAUCCACACUAUAAAACUUCAUAGCCAGAGUAAUCUCCACAAGAAGUGCCUGCAGCUCUACCGGCUCAGGAUGCACCCAGAGAAGACAGAAGAGAUGUGUCGAAAUAUGACUUUAUUGUUCAAUACAGCCUAUCAUUUAGCUAUGGAAGGCCGGCCGUAUUGUGACUUUCGACCUCUUUCAGAACUACUGAGAAAGUGCGAACUCAAAGUGGUGGAUCAGUACAUGAAUGAGGGAGACUGUCAAAUCUUAAUCCACCAUAUUGCUAGAGCUCUUAGAGAAGACCUCAUUGAACGAGUGAGGCAGUCUCCUUUCCUCAGCAUCAUUUUAGAUGGGCAGAGUGAUGAUUUACUUGCUGAUACUGUUGCAGUUUAUGUACAGUACGUCAGCAGCGAUGGACCUCCUGCCACGGAAUUCCUUUCUCUCCAAGAACUGGGAUUUUCUACAACAGAUAGUUAUGUUCAAGCAUUAGAUCGGGCUUUUUCAUCUCUGGGAAUCAGGCUGCAAGAUGAAAAGCCAAGUGUUGGUUUGGGAAUAGAUGGUGCUAACAUUACUGCCAGUCUACGAGCUAACAUAUACAUGACAAUCAGGAAAACUCUACCUUGGUUGCUCUGCUUACCUCUAAUGGUAUACAAGCCACACUUGGAAAUAUUGGAUGCAAUUAGUGGAAAAGAACUACCCUGCCUUGAGGAGCUAGAGAACAACCUGAAGCAGUUACUCAGCUUUUACCGUUAUUCUCCCAGGCUGAUGUGUGAGUUAAGGGUCACUGCUGCUACUCUCUGUGAAGAGACUGAGUUCUUGGGAGAUAUUCGAGCAAUCAAAUGGAUCAUUGGGGAACAAAAUGUCCUCAAUGCUCUCAUCAAGGACUACCUGGAAGUAGUGGCCCAUCUGAAAGAUGUCAGUGGCCAAACACAAAGAGCAGAUGCUUCUGCUAUUGCCUUGGCUCUCUUGCAAUUUCUUAUGGACUAUCAAUCCAUUAAGUUGAUAUAUUUUUUGCUUGAUGUCAUUGCGGUCCUUUCACGACUUGCCUUCAUUUUUCAAGGUGAAUACCUCCUUAUCUCCCAAGUGGAUGAUAAAAUAGAGGAGGCCAUCCAAGAAAUUAGCAGACUGGCAGACUCUCCUGGGGAAUAUCUACAGGAAUUUGAGGAGAACUUCCGUGAAAGCUUUAAUGGCGUUGCUGUGAAAAACCUACGGGUGGCUGAAGCCAAAUUCCAGUCAAUUCGAGAAAAAAUAUGCCAGAAGACCCAAGUGAUUCUGGCUCAAAGGUUUGAACUUCGCAGUCGGGCAUUUGUGAAAGCCUGCCAGGUUUUUGAUCUUGCAGCUUGGCCCAGAAGUGCAGAAGAGCUUAUGAGCUAUGGCAGGGAAGAUAUGAUGCAAAUAUUUGAACAUUUGGAAGCAGUGCCAUCUUUUUGCACAGAAAUCAGCAGAGAAGGCAUAGACACUAGAGGGAGUUUGCUCAUGGAAUGGCGAGAACUCAAGGUGGAUUAUUAUACCAAAAAUGGCUUUAAAGAUUUAAUCAGUCAUAUUUGUAAAUAUAGACAGAGAUUUCCUCUUUUAAAUAAAAUAAUCCAGAUCCUCAAAGUCCUUCCCACUUCCACAGCAUGCUGCGAAAAGGGAAGAAAUGCUCUUCAGAGAGUGCGCAAAAACAAUCGUUCCCGACUUACUCUGGAACAACUCAGCGAUCUUUUGACAAUUGCUGUAAAUGGACCACCUAUUUCCAACUUUGAAGCCAAACGGGCCCUAGACAGUUGGUUUGAGGAGAAAUCUAGCAAUAGUUACGCACUGUCUGCAGAAAUGUUAAGCAGGAUGUCCACCCUGGAUCAGAAACCUGUGCUGCAAAGCAUGGACCAUGGAUCAGAAUUUUAUCCUGAUAUUUAG